UCUCUCAUGAAAUAAAGUAUAAUCUAAUAUGUAUAGUCAGCAAGAGUAGUAAAGUACAGUAGAAUACAGUGCAGGUAGUAGGAUCUCGAAACUAUACUCUUGAGAAUUGAGAACUUCAAGUAAUUUUAAUAUCAUGUGUCCGUCACUUGAAGCGCUGAUGUCGCUUUUCUACAUGCAUAUCAGUUGGUAGCGCCAGUUGUUCAGAACUAUGAUAAACAAACUUAAUGUUGAAGGAAGCAUAAUAUCUUAUGAGAUUUUAUAGGAUAAGUAAUUUUACGUGCGAUAUUUUUGACAUAUGUGUCAGAGCAUAAGGUGUCGGGAAGUGCCACACUAUAGAAAAUAAAUUUUAUUAAACAUUCAAAAUGGGUAGUACCGAUAAAGCUGUGAUCACGGGAUUCAUAUGCAGACUUUGUAGUAAAAUGAACCGUUUCGUGAUUCACAUAUACGGCGAAGAGGGUGAGAGAAUGAAGCUCGCUGAAAAAAUAAAUGCUUAUCUUCCAAUUGUGGUAGACAUGAAUGAUCCAUUACCUAAAACAGCGUGUCUACAUUGUAUUGAACGGCUAGAAGCACAUCAUGAAUUAAUGGAACAAUUCAUUGUUUGCCGAACUAAGUUCUUACCUAAUAAGUCAUCAACAGUAGCAUUAACAUCUUCAUAAGCUGUUGAUACUCUAUCAACGUUUAGCCCAGCCUUAUAUUGAUAUAUAAAAUUGGAAGCAGAUUUUCUCGCUCAACACUAUAAAAUAUUUCUGUAUUUUAUUUGUCUUUUUGUUUUAGUAAAUUAUGAAAGAAAAACAGUAAAUUGUUAAAUGGAAAGAUACAUAUUUACAAAGAUAUGAUCCCUUUGACUUGGCAACUUAGGUUAUUUGCUUAAUUAGUUAUUUUUGAAUUAUAGGGAAAAUGUCAACUUUACAGAAUUUAUUGUAUAAAUAUUUUGUUUUUCAUAUGAUUGUUAUAGCUAUUAUCGAUACAAUAAUGCUUAUAAAAUACAUAAAUAAUUAGAAUUUUUAUAUUUUGUAUUUUCAGGAAUUAAAACAUUCUAGUUUUUUUUUCUUAAAUGGCAAUGAGCAAUAAAAGUAGGUAUAUUUAUAUCAAUGAUAUUUUCAGAUAAAAACAAUGGGUAUACCUCAUAUUAUUAAAUUAUUUAAAUUUAUAUUUUAUGUAUUCUAUACUUUCUUUAGAAAAUAUUUUUAGAUCUUUUUUAUUAAUUAAAUGUAUUACUGUUCCUUUAACGCGUUCAUACUACCGAUGUACAAAGAUAAAUAGAUAAAUAUAUUCAAGUGAUUUCUUAAAAUAUUGAAUAAAAUUAUAUGGAAUAAUUUAAUGUAGAAAUAAAAAGUAAGAUUAUAGUUAACAAAGUUUUUAAUAACACUAUAUUGGGUAUAAGAUUGCCAAUAUUAUCAUGUUCUGUUUACUAGAGAAUAUUUAAAUAUCAUAACUUUUAAUGUGUAUGAUACAAAAUAUAACAAAAAUAUUUACAUAAUUAUAUUUACAUGUAUUAUUGUGCAAACUUUAACAAACUUUUAAUGUUUAUUUUUAAGUUGCAAUAUAAUAAAUAAUUUAUAAACAAAUUUUAUAGUAUUUUAUAUUUUGUUAUAAUGUUUAAAACUAAAUCUUAAUUAAAAAUUAUAUGAGGGUAAAUGACACUAUUAUAAUUUGUUAAGAUAAUAUUUAUUUCUUAACAAUAUUUACUAACACAAUUAAAUGUUAUGUGGAACAAUAUUACUGUUUGGCGACACAAUCCACAUUGUGCUUACUAUAUGUAUUACCUCACAUGUAAUUCAUGAUUUACAGGGAGAAAAUUUGUUUUCAGAAGGCAAGGAUGCAUUCGUCACUCAAUUAUUAUGUUUACUAGUACAUGUUAUUCAAAAUUGUAACAUUAAUCAAAAAUUACUUUCUUCAUUUGAUUUUGCCAAGUAAGUUAUGCUUAUCAUUAAUGGGAAGACAAUAUGUAAGCUUUGCUGUAUCUGUGAUCAAAAUGUGUACAUAAUAAUUUAAAAAUUUAUUAUUGACAUCUAUAUAGUAGCAUUUUCUUACAUGUAUUAUUGCCUAAAUACAGAAUGCAAAUAAAAGUAAACUAUAAUAAUAAGCUAUAGCAGAAUAACUGAUUUAUAUAUUUUCUGUAUUUACCUAAGAUAAUAUUAUAUUUACUAUUUUGUUUAUCCUGUAAAUGAGAAAAAGUGAGAUCUUGUUAUUUAUUAGUAUUUGUAUUAAAAAACUAAUAAUACUAUUUAAAAAAGAGUUUUAUGUUCAAUAGUAUUUUAUGCAAGGUCAGAAAUAUGUUAUGAAAUGUAUGUUUACAGCAAAGAUUUAUAUAAGAAAGUAUUAUUGAUACUAAUCUUGCAGUUUCGUUUAAAUUAAAUUGUCUAAUAUAUGUUGUUUUCAUCAUCAAUUUUGAAAAUAAAGAUUAGCUAUCAAGAUGGAAUAAUUGUAUCAUAACAUAAUUCGAAUGUAAUCCAAACAAUGAUCUUUUCAUUAAACUUGUCAAAUUUAUGAGUGUCGAUACACAUCCUCUUGGCUUCUUAAAACAAAUAUAUAGUGUGUGCUACUGCAAGAUUUCUGAAACCAUUAUAUAAUAAUAUGUGUAGCUAUAUCUGUGUGCGAUAAAUAACUACUAAAACUUGACUUAUGAGAGUCCUUUAACACACACAAUGUAAAAUAUGUACAAAGAUUUGCGGAGUCUAACUCCUAAUUUUCUUUCAUCUUUCCCCCAAUCAGCGUGAUCAUGUUGCCUGAUAUCAUAAACCAUGCUCACGACUGAUGUUUUUUAUAAAAAAUAUAUUAUAUUUAUCUAUAUAAAAUUUCAUUCUCUUUUCAGCCAACAUCUCUUCAUACAAAUUUAGUUCCAUUCAGGGGUAUUUGAUUUCGUUUCCUGCAACUUGUUUCUUAAUUUUUAUUUUUUUUUAUUUUCUUUUCAUUUAAUGGGGUACUUUAACGCCCAAAUAGAAAUAUAAAUGCAUCUUUGACCAAUUACGAUAUACGACGAUGAACGUCUAAAACCUAUUUGAUGAUUAAAGCACAAUGGCAGCAAUUUUUGAGAUAUAAUGCAAAAGGCUGUAAAUUGAUGAAUCUUGUUGAGCUGCAUUCAUGACAAUUGCAUAGUUGAAAAUUCGAUUCUAUGCAUUUUGUCAAGAAAUUUAUUUUCAAGUACGAAUGUGUUUUCUUUUUUUAAUUAUAAUAAACUUUAAUGUUUUGUAUUUUAGAGCAACUAUAAUACGAUAUUUUAUUUAUGUAAAUUAUGUACAUGAAUUAAAGUAAUUCUUUUUUAAAAGUUAAAAAUUGUGCUAUAUCUCGCAUUCACAUCAAUAUACAAUCAUUCGUUCAUUUCGCAAAUUGUUUAACGUACAAACGAGCAUUGCUUUCAAUAUGAUUCUCUUAUUACAUUAAAAACCACAUUAAAUUGCAACAUUUCUUUUUCUUUUAAAUAAAAAAUUUCGAUUGUAAGGUCGCUAAGAAUCUACAUACAUACGUAUAUAUUGCAAAUCACUAUGACAUUACUAACUCUAAUAUAUACAAAAAUUUUCUAUCCUAGGAAAUAUAUGGUGGUUGUUGCACUUGAUAUUUUUAUUUUGUAUCGUCUUGAAAACAGCUCAACCGCAAACGGUGCUAUAAGUUAUAUUUGAAACGGAAAUGACAGACGGCUUAGACAAUUAUUUGUUCCCAAGAUGUCUUUACAGUAACAUACUAUCGGUAACAUUUUUCUCAGCCUUUUCUUAAAAAAGAAGAAUGAACGAUGAAAAUGAUCAUCAAGUUCGAUAAUUUGUACUUUGCAUCUGAGCAGGUGAAAUGACAAA